AGAGAUCCUCCUCAACCCUCGCUUCGGGAGAGUUUCUGAAUUCCCUGAAGUAAAAUCGCGCAAAUAUUCUACAAGAAAGAGCCUGGACGAACGUUUAAGUCAACAAUAAUCUCAUCAAUAUAAAUAUUGUGAAUAUAAGUAUGCAGGAUGCAGUAGCCGGGACGGCAAUGCUGACGGACGGCUUCGAGGACGAGAUUGACUCGGUGACUCCUCGCUCCCCAGCGGUAGGGAUGGGGGUAGGAGCAACACCAGGAGGAGUCGGACUCGGGGGCAUAGGGAUCGGUGUGGGCGGAAAGAAAGUACGUUUGUUCGGUGAGCCUGGCGGGCCUGCGGCAGAACGAUUGGAUUUUAAACUAGCGGCAGCAGCCGUCCUUUCUUCGGGUCCGGGAUCCGGCAGCGACGAAGACGAGGUCUCAGAGGUGGAGUCAUUCAUUUUGGACCAGGAAGACCUUGAUAACCCCAUCAUGAAGACAGCGUCAGAGUUGCUGUUGUCCAGCGCUACAGAUGGAGUAGAUUUGAGGACUGUUGACCCCGAAACACAGGCUCGUCUAGAAGCCCUACUUGAAGCUGCAGGCAUCGGUAAACUGUCCACUGCCGAUGGCAAAGCUUUUGCAGACCCCGAGGUGCUACGGCGAUUGACUUCAUCUGUGAGUUGCGCCCUGGAUGAGGCUGCAGCAGCCCUGACUCGUAUGAGAGCUGAAAAUACACUCAACGCCGGCCAAGCCGACAAUCUGGUUAUUUUCAGCCGUAGUUUAGCGGAGGCAUGCUCAGACGGUGACGUGAAUGCAGUGCGCAAGCUGCUGGAUGAGGGACGCAGCGUCAACGAACACACGGAGGAGGGAGAGAGCCUUCUCUGCCUCGCCUGCUCAGCUGGCUACUAUGAACUUGCACAGGUAUUGUUGGCCAUGCAUGCCAAUGUAGAAGACCGGGGGAUCAAGGGAGACAUAACACCACUAAUGGCUGCUGCCAGUGGAGGUUACGUGGACAUUGUCAAACUGCUGCUGGUUCACGGGGCAGAUGUCAAUGCACAGUCCUCCACAGGCAACACGGCUCUAACAUAUGCGUGUGCUGGUGGCUUUGUGGACGUGGUCAAAGUGCUUUUGAAGGAGGGAGCCAACAUUGAGGACCAUAAUGAGAAUGGACACACACCCCUGAUGGAGGCAGCCAGUGCUGGCCAUGUGGAAGUGGCUAGGGUGCUCCUAGAGUACGGUGCAGGCAUCAACACACACUCCAAUGAAUUUAAGGAGAGUGCUCUCACACUCGCCUGCUACAAAGGUCACCUGGACAUGGUGCGUUUUCUUUUGGAAGCUGGAGCAGACCAGGAACAUAAGACAGAUGAGAUGCACACGGCACUAAUGGAGGCCUGCAUGGACGGCCAUGUGGAGGUGGCGCGGCUGCUGUUGGACAGUGGUGCACAGGUCAACAUGCCCGCUGACUCCUUUGAGUCACCUCUCACCCUAGCAGCCUGUGGAGGACAUGUUGAACUGGCAGCCUUGCUCAUAGAGCGAGGAGCCAACUUGGAGGAGGUAAAUGAUGAGGGCUACACCCCCCUGAUGGAGGCUGCAAGAGAAGGCCAUGAGGAGAUGGUGGCACUACUACUUGCUCAAGGUGCAAACAUCAACGCCCAAACGGAAGAGACCCAAGAAACUGCUUUGACCCUGGCUUGUUGUGGAGGCUUCUUGGAGGUGGCUGACUUCCUCAUCAAGGCGGGGGCCGACAUUGAACUUGGUUGCUCCACUCCUCUUAUGGAAGCUGCGCAGGAGGGCCACCUAGAGUUGGUCAAGUACUUGCUGGCUGCAGGGGCACACGUUCAUGCCACCACAGCAACAGGAGACACAGCACUAACAUACGCAUGUGAGAAUGGACACACUGAUGUGGCGGAUGUGCUGCUGCAGGCUGGAGCCAACCUGGAACAUGAGUCUGAGGGGGGAAGGACACCCCUGAUGAAAGCAGCCAGGGCAGGACACCUCUGUACAGUGCAGUUCCUCAUUAGCAAAGGUGCAAAUGUGAACAGAGCCACAGCCAAUAACGAUCACACAGUGGUGUCUCUAGCCUGUGCUGGUGGUCAUCUGGCUGUGGUGGAGCUGCUGCUGGCGCAUGGGGCAGAUCCAACACACAGACUCAAGGAUGGUUCAACCAUGCUGAUAGAAGCUGCUAAAGGGGGUCACACCAAUGUUGUUUCCUACCUGCUGGACUACCCCAACAACAUCCUGUCUGUCCCAGCCCCUGAUCUGUCUCAGCUCACUCCCCCCUCGCAAGAUGCUUCUCAGGUAUGCACAGCAGUUGUCUCAGAUGUGUCUCAGGUCCCUCGUGUCCCAUUCCAAGCUCUCGCCAUGGUCGUGCCCCCACAGGAGCCAGACCGAGCCCCAUCAAACAUCGCCACACCCCCACCAGUCUCCAGCAAAGGUGUAUCCAAACAGAGGCAGGCAGCUCUCCAACCUGGCGGUCCUAGCUCAGCAGGCCGGGGUCCCGAGGCAGAGCCCCUACCACCCUUCCACUUGUGCCAGCCAUUAGAAUGCAUCGUGGAGGAGACAGAAGGCAAACUGAACGAGUUGGGCCAGAGGAUCAGCGCCAUUGAAAAGGCCCAGCUGCAAUCAUUGGAGCUUAUUCAGGGGGAACCGCUCACCAAAGACAAGAUAGAGGAGCUCAAGAAAAGUCGAGAGGAACAGGUGCAGAAAAAGAAGAAGAUUUUGAAGGAGCUGCAGAAGGUGGAGCGCCAGCUGCAGUUGAAAACACAGCAGCAGUUCACCAAAGAAUACAUGGAAGCGAAGGGCUUAAAAGAGGAGCAGGAGGCAGGCCAGAGCCAGGGCCCGGGCCCAGGGCCUGGUGGUGCCUCUUCUGCCCCAAGUACCCUUACUACCACACCAGGCGCCCAAACACAAACCAGCUCUGACACAGAUGAGGAAGCCAACAGAGACGGGGAGCAGGAGGAGCAGCCAGAAGAGGAGAGGGAUGAGGAGGAAGAGGAUGAUGAAGAGGAAGAGGAAGGUUCAGAGGAUGAGGCAGAGGGGGAAGACUACGACUACACCAAGCUGCCUCAGGUGGAUACAAUCCUUUACAGAGAUAGACAGCAGCCCCCUCUGCCCCCUUCACCCCAAGCCCAGCCUCAACCUCAGCCUCCACCUCCGCCACUUCAGGCUGCCUUUGUUCCCAUCCAGCCCCUGCCGGAGUACAACCCUGCAGACUAUCCAGGAAGUACCAGCCCGGAGUUGCAGAGGGUGCUUGUGGGGCAGCAAAUGCUGGGGCAGCAGCAGCAAGGCCAGGGCCAGCAGUUGGCUGGAUUAGGCCCAGGUAUGCUGGCUCAACAGGCCCCAGAUGGACUCAUGGUGGCUACACCUGCACAGACACUCACAGACACGCUGGAUGACAUCAUGGCAGCUGUGAGCAGCCGUGUGCCCAUGUUGAACACUACGACCUCACCCACUCCCUUGUCCCAGCCACCCUCACAGACGCCCGCAAACAUUGCCUCACCCCCCUCCGUACUGCCUCUCUACCCCUCUGUUGAUAUUGACGCACACACGGAGAGUAACCAUGACACUGCUCUGACGCUGGCCUGUGCUGGAGGACAUGAAGAGCUUGUAUCUGUUCUUAUUGCUCGAGGAGCCAACAUUGAGCACCGGGACAAAAAAGGAUUCACCCCACUUAUCCUGGCAGCCACUGCUGGUCAUGUUGGAGUGGUAGAAGUCCUCCUGGACAAAGGGGGUGACAUUGAGGCUCAGUCGGAGAGAACCAAAGACACACCCCUUUCCCUAGCCUGUUCUGGGGGCCGCCAGGAGGUGGUGGAAUUGCUGCUGCUGCGGGGAGCUAAUAAAGAACACCGUAAUGUUUCAGACUACACGCCUCUUAGCCUGGCUGCUUCUGGGGGCUACGUCAACAUCAUUAAAAUCCUUCUCAAUGCUGGGGCAGAGAUUAAUUCCAGGACUGGCAGUAAGUUGGGCAUCUCACCUCUGAUGUUGGCAGCCAUGAACGGUCACGUGCCAGCCGUGAAGCUAUUGCUAGACAUGGGUUCAGACAUAAAUGCCCAAAUUGAGACUAAUCGCAACACAGCUCUCACCCUUGCCUGCUUCCAGGGCCGGGCUGAGGUAGUCAGUCUGUUGCUGGAUCGUAAGGCCAACGUCGAGCAUCGCGCUAAGACUGGUCUGACUCCUCUAAUGGAGGCAGCUUCUGGAGGCUAUGCAGAGGUUGGUCGUGUGCUGCUGGAUAAAGGUGCUGAUGUUAACGCUCCUCCUGUUCCCUCAUCCCGAGACACUGCCCUCACCAUUGCCGCCGACAAAGGCCACUACAAGUUCUGUGAGCUGCUUAUCAACAGGGGCGCGCACAUUGAUGUGCGUAACAAGAAAGGGAACACACCUCUCUGGCUGGCAGCCAAUGGUGGCCAUUUUGAUGUGGUCCAGCUCUUGGUCCAUGCUCAUGCUGAUGUAGAUGCAGCUGACAACCGCAAGAUCACCCCACUCAUGGCUGCUUUUCGCAAGGGUCACGUAAAGGUGGUGCAAUACUUGGUGAAGGAGGUCAACCAGUUCCCGUCUGACAUUGAAUGCAUGAGAUAUAUUGCUACCAUCGCUGACAAGGAGCUAUUGAAGAAGUGUCACCAGUGCAUGGAGACCAUUGUUAAAGCCAAAGACCAGCAGGCAGCUGAGGCAAACAAGAACGCUAGCAUCCUCCUGAAGGAACUGGACCUUGAGAAGUCUAGAGAGGAGAGCAAGAAGCAGGCCCUCGCUGCCAAGCGGGAGAAGCGCAAAGAGAAACGCAAAAAGAAGAAGGAGGAGCAGAAGAGGAAACAGGAGGAAGAGGAGGAGCAGAAAACCAAGGAAGAGUGCUUUGAGAUGCAGGAGCAGAAAGAGGACUCAGCUGAAGAAACGGAGGUUCCCAUUGAGCCUCCAAGUGCAACAACCACCACGACCAUUGGCAUCUCUGCUACCUCCACCACCUUCACCACCGCCUUUGGUAAAAAGCGGGCUAGCGUGGCCACCACCCCCAGCGCCAAUCGUAAGAGCAAGAAGAACAAGACCAAGGACUCUUCGCCCAAUGAACCCAUCAUAUUACAAGAUCCACAGGUGGCAUUAGCGCAGCACAAGGCUGACAAAAACAAGAUCCAUGGCGAGCCACGAGGUGGGGGCGGAGGAGUGACAGGUGGCAACAGCGACUCUGAUCCCUUGGACAGCACCGACUGUGCAAGCGAGAGCAGCAGCAGUGGGGGAAAGAGUCAGGAGCUCAACUAUCUCCCUGACCUCACUUCUUCUGCUUCCUCCUACUCGUCUUCUUCCUCCUCCUCUUCCUCUUCAGCCCCCUCCUCUGGACCGACCAAUGCCCAGGCCCUCAUGCCGGGGCCAGAGAAGAGGCACUGCCCUCAGCUGCACAACGACAGUAAGGUGGAAAACAAGGUCACAGUCUCAGUCUCCAAACCAACACAAAAACCUCCAGACACGAGUGAGCCAAUCCCCAGCUCCCUGCCCUCUCCAUUCAAGACCAUGUCCCUGCCUGUCACCUCUCCCAACAGCAAAUUCAGCCUUACCAGCCCCAAGAGAGGCCAGAAAAGAGAAGAGGGCUGGAAAGAGGUUGUCAGAAGAUCCAAGAAGUUGUCUGUGCCGGCCUCUGUGGUGUCUCGGAUCAUGGGCCGAGGGGGCUGUAACAUCACAGCCAUCCAGGAUGUAACAGGAGCUCAUAUUGACGUGGACAAACAGAAAGACAAGAAUGGAGAGAGGAUGAUUACUAUAAGGGGAGGCACAGAGUCUACUAGGCAUGCAGUCCAAUUGAUCAACGCUCUAAUCCAAGACCCAGCCAAAGAGCUUGAAGAUCUAAUCCCCCGAAACCACAUCAGAGCCCCUGGCUCCAAGACCACCUCUGCUUCCUUUGCAAACACCACAGGGGCCAGUAGUGGCUCCGCCACUGGGCCUAAAACCCUGAGCUCCCUGGUCACAUCUUCAGGGGUCUCUUUCCAGUCCUCCUCAUCCUCGUCUUCGUCCUCCUCUCAAGCCGGUGGCAAAAUGGGAAAGGGGCUGUCAUCAGGUGUGAGACAGCCCUUCCCUGUGUCUCUUCCACUGGCUUAUGCCCACCCCCAGCUCGCUCUUUUGGCUGCUCAGACCAUGCAACAGAUCAGACAUCCUCGUCUGCCCAUGGCCCAAUUUGGUGGUACCUUCCCACCUGCUGCAAGCACCUGGGGACCCUUCCCUGUACGGCCUGUGAGUCCUGGAAGUGCCAACAGCUCCCCUAAGCACACCGGAGGGAGCAACAGUAGUGGAGGCCAGGCUAGAUCAAACUCAUCAAACCACAAUGAGCACAGCAACACGGCUAGCUCAGUGGCCCCAGUCACCAGCUCCAGUGCUCCUAACACACACACAUCUUCAGCUGCGGCCUCGUCUCACACACCUAACCCCACCCCAUACAAUCCUCAGCCCAGUGUCCCUACCCCUUCCUCGGUCAGAAAACAGCUCUUUGCCCCCGAGCCCAAGCCUGCUGGGGCUAACCCAGUAUCUGUUGCUGCCACGGCGACUAGUGGUAGCAAUGUAGUACGAGGCACAGGGUCUCCUGCCCACCACAGCACGGCUACAACUACCCCUAAUGCCCCUCAGCCCCCAAUUGGACCCAUCGCACAGCCCCUCAUCCAGCCCCCCAAAACUGAGCCCAGUGCUCUUGGUCCUACAGGAAAGGAGAAGCCCUCUCUACCCGUAGAGAAUCAGUCUGUCUCUGCCAGUGAGAACAUCAGCUCUGUGGGCUUCACUGCACCUACCAUGGCUUUACCUCCCAAGCCAGAACCCAGACAGCAGUUACCUCCCCCUCCGUCCUCUGUACCCUCCACAGAGGCUCCACCAACUCUUCUCAAUCCCCAACCUACUUCCCACCUCCCCUCAGCACCUGCUCCUGUCCUCUCACACACGGUUACACACCCCAACAACACCGUGCCCCACUUUUCUGCCCCAGCGCCAAGAGUUUCCCAUCGUAUGCAGCCUCCAGGGCCCUACUACUCUCUUCCUGAGCAACAGCAAUCUGUGUUCGUUCCCCUCGGUGCUCAGCAAGAAGCCCCUAAACAGGCCCAGAGUCAGGCAUCUCAGCCCACUAGUUUGUCUCACCAGGCACAAGCCCAAGCUCCAGGCCCCCUUCAGGUGUCCUCUAACUUGGGGAUGAUGAACGGUUCUCAGCUGCAGCAUGUGCCUAGUGCAGCCAAGCCUCAGCAGAUGCCCCCCAACUUUGGUCCUGCAGGCCUCUUCAGUUUUAGCAGCAUCUUUGAUAACAAUAACCAGGUGGGGAACAAUCAGGUGUGGGGCGCAUGCCAUCUGCCUACCCGGUCACCCCCAGAGCAGUCCUACUCUGCCCCACCUGCCUACAUGGGCAUGAGCCAGAUGGAGAGCAUGAUGCCUCCACCUCCUCCAGACAGUUCCAAGGCCCCUGGUUAUCGCUCUGCUUCUCAGAGGAUGGUCAACAGCCCCAUUGCUUUGACUAGUUAUGCCACCAGUAUCUCUGCAAACCCUGUGUACCUGCAUGGCCAUACAGCUGUUGGCACGCCCUCAUUCAGCAGACAGCACUUCUCUCCUCACCCAUGGAGCGCCUCCACAUCAGGUGAGUCUCCAGUCCCCCCUCCCUCUACGGUGUCGUCCUCUGCCCUUUCUGCUUCGACAGUGGCCCCUCCACCUCAGCCCAAGCCAGGCAGUUCGACACAGCAGGAUCGGAAAGUUCCUCCACCCAUCGGCACAGAGCGGCUGGCAAGGAUCAGGCAGACGGGCUCAGUCAAUCCACCUCUCCUCACCACCAGCUAUACAGCAUCUGUUGGACAGGGUGGCAUUUGGUCCUUUGGUGUUGGCAGUGCUUCUGUGUUACGGGGGACAGAGGCCAUGUCAGGUUGGUCACAACCCCUGAUGGGCAGCCACAUGAUGCACCCUCAGCUGCAGGCGGAGCAGUCAGCCUUCUCCCAGCACCAGCCCAUGGAGCAGGACGAUACGGGCAUCGCCAACCCUGCCAACAACUAUCACCAGCCUCAACACAUCCCCAACAGCUACAUGGAUUUCCCAAAGGGAUUGCCCUUGUCAAUGUAUGGUGGAGCCAUGCUGCCCCCUCAUCCUCCCAUGGCAGAGGGCCCAGGGGGACCAAUAUACAAUGGCCUACACACGGGUGACCCUGCAUGGAGCCCCAUUAUCAAAGUGGUCCCAAACAAUGCUGACAACUCUGACCCACAGCAGGUGUGGCCUGGUACCUGGGCUCCUCAUGUGGGCAAUGUGCACCUGAAUCACGUCAACUAGACGGCGUCGACAGCAAUCAAACGCACACAGCAUGACCCACAUCAUAAAUUACCAACUGACAAAUAAGACGGAUGACAACAAACGUUUUAAAAAAAGAUUACAUUUUAACUUUAGUAGAGACAAGAGAGUGCAGAGCAGAGGUUGAAGAAUUUAAAAUUCUCUUGACACCAUUCUUUUAAUGUGCCUAUCUCAAAUAAGAAAAGAAAUUUGGCGAGGGCUGUUACCAGUGUCCUGAUGUCUGCAAACAAACAUGUGUGAUCACCUGUUCAACAGGAUCCAUUCUCUGCGUAGAUUAGCAAUUUUGACUUAAACCCACAUACUGUUCUUGGGCUGCAGAGGGGCUCAACAUGACGUAGCUAUUUAAACUCAGCCCAGAACUAGAUGAUUACCUAAAGAGAGAAAUCAGAACCUUUUAGAGUGGUAAAUACAUGUAUAAUUGUUUACAUACUAAAAAGGGUUAAAAUGAGAGUAAAUUUCAUGUCGUAUAGUGGCUCUACUUUAUGUAGCCUGUAUUAAUGUGAAAUAUUUACCUUAAUAUUCAAUAAAAAGAUUGAAAAGUUUGU